AUGACUUGGAAGCGAAAUUCUGACUGGAUCGAGCUCCUACGCGAUGAUGAAAAUCCCAAACGACCUGACGAGGAUCUCUGGGAGAAUUGGGCGUGGGAGAUCUCUACUUGGUAUUGGAAGUUGUAUAACUACACCGAGCUUGCUGCAUACCAACUUCUGUAUCGAGUGCAAGGUCGGUAUAUUCCCCGUCUUUGGGGCACCGUUCGUCUUCGCAUCACUUCUGAGUCUACUCCCCUUCAUCCAAUCACCGACUUUGUUCAAGGAUUCGCGCUCGAGUAUAUCCCUGGUAUUUGCAUGGAGAAGCUGAUACCGGGGGUUGACAUCUCCCGGCAGGAGGCCGAGAGAAUCUCAAACCAAGUAUUGGAAGGGCUCCGUGCCACUGAGGCUGAGAACUGUGUGCUGCACAAUGACAUCCACGUCGGGAACGUCGGUCCUGCGGGAGGGUGA